AUGCCAUCCUCUGACACUGUCAAUCAGCAGCAGUACGGAAGCCCUCGUCCAGGCACGGCUGGAACAAGUGGGCUUGCGGAAACUGCACCGACGGCUAGCGAGAGCAACCAGAGGCUGCCUCGCGUUCAAACUCCUGGAGACUUCUCGUCACCACAGUACUUUGGUGCAAACUCAGCGAGCGCAGGCGAUAAGGGCGCCAGGCAGAGUCGACCUCUUCCACCAACGCCAUUGGCACCCGCAGAUGCAGGUCUCUCGGAUCGGCCACCAACUGGAGAAGCUGCAGCGUAUUACUACGCGUCGCCCCCUCCGGACAGCUACGAUGAGAGUACUUCAUAUUCGCCUCGAGGUACUCGGAUUUUGGAUGGCGUCGCUCCUUCGAGCUCAGCUGGCCAAGCACCAAGAGCCAGGGCUGGAUCUAGGAGCGGGAUAUCUGCAGUGACUGGAGAGACAAACGCGCGAAGCCUAGGCGGAAAGAGCAGUGCAGCCAAUGGCAGGGCGUGGAUUCCUUCCAAAUGGGCUUCCGCAUUCAUGGCAACUGUCAUUGUCGAAGCUGUGAUCAUCAUCGUCCUCGUCGCUGUCGUCUACGGCACCAUCCAGAGUAGGACCAGCACUCAAGUGCAGCGCCUCAAGACCGUCUCCGUCUACCUCGCUUUAUUCCUCUUCGGCGCAGUCUUCCUGGUCUGCAUCUCGCUGGAUGCUCAGCGCCUCAAGAAUACCAUCCAAGUCAUGGGCGUUUGCAUUUUCAACGUCGCUCUGAUCGUCACUGCGGCGCUGGAGAUCUCACAAGUGAGGGACGCGCUGCAGUAUCAGGAUAACCAAGGAAUCGGCGUCCGAUGCGAAGACAGACCGAAUCGUCGCUGCAGUGCCAUCGGAGACCUGUUGCCCUUCGUCGAGAGGCUGUUGAUCGCCGUGCCGAUUAUAGUGGGCUUGGCGCAGGUCCCCAUCACUUUCCUCACGUACAAGCUCUGGCAGGAGUACGGCUGGCAAGUUUACAAGGCUAUUGGAGCAUCCAUCGAGCAGAGACAAAGAUUCUUGGUGUACCAGGUCUUCCAAGUUCUCUUGAAGUUUGACUUCUUCCUCGGUGUCGGCUUUACAGUUGCGUACCUGAUCCUGGUCAGUCAGCGGGACGAUGCCUACUUUGGGCUCACGAUCGCUGCCGUGCCCAUUGCCGUGGCGGUGCUCUUCUUGGCAGGCAUAGCUGUCCGACGCGAAUGGAUGGCAAUAAUGGCGCUCUGCAUCGUUGCGUUCAUAGCAGGAGCGGCCUACUUCAUCUAUCAAAUCGUGCAGGUGUUUGUCCGGCCCACGUACGCCACAGUCCGCCUGACCUUGACCUUCUUCGGCAUCUUCACCACCAUCUCGCUCUUCUUGACCCUGAUCAAUGCGAUCUGGUGCAUGGCCAACUUUGGCAAGGGUCUGGCGGACGCGCACGACAAUAUGGGACAUUUUGGCGGCAAGCGACGCCGCACGUCCAGGCUGGACAUGAAGCAAGUUGGCAACGGUACAAGUCAGACCACUGGACCCUCGAACCGUAUCAGCUUGGAUGAACCAGCUGCGCCUUCGAGUGGCUUCGCGCAGGAUGCCAAUACUGUCCACAGCUCUUAUGCACCCAGGCCGACCAAUCCGCACCGGCUUUCCUUGGACUAA